GGGUCGAGCCGACAAGAUGGCGGCGGCGCUGAGGGCGGGGGAGAGGUUGCGGUUGGUGGCGGGAGCGCCCAGCCUCGCUUUUACUCGGUCUGCAUUUGUUGCAAAAAGACGUAAUUAUGACCAACCAAACUGGUUUGGAGUUGGCUUGGCUUUUAGCACCACUGCUGCCUUGUGGGCUCUUCUUUUCAAGCAGCAUAAUGAAGAUAUAAUGGAAUACGAAAGAAGAAAACAAGAGAAACAACAUAAGUGUACAGGAUGUUCAUAGUUGACAGUAUGCUCAGUAAGAAGUAACAUGAUCACCAGUUGUCCUACAAAUAAAGGAGCACAGCAGAAGUACAAAGUAUCUAAAUACUUAUAUGUUCAUACAUUUCAUGUGCAGAAUUCUGAAAUAUAUUAUAAGGUCUGGAAGAAACUUAUGAAGACUA